CUUUCAAAACUUUCUGAUCCGUCUUCGGACUUGAGAGUUGUAACCCUAAUAAAUUGACCUCGUCUCUGUAUUUUCGCUUUUCAGUGUUUCAGUAUUUGUUAGUACAAUUUAGGAAGACAAGAGAGUGAGAGAUGCAUCUAUGGCCGUCGAUGAGGAUUAGGGACUCAUUCAAGCUUGGAUACCUGAGAAAGCUCGAAUGGAACCUCAAUAGAAUGGAAAGCGAAAAGCAGAAACUGUUGGAUAAUGAAGAACCUGUUUCCGAUCGACAAGAAGCUGCGAAACCCAAUUCAGAGAUUCUUGGUGGGCUCCUCGUAGUGUGCAGGGAGUCGCUGAUGGUUCUCUCCUGUUGCUAUUGCUGUUUCUGUUGCGGAGCUUGUCUGGAUGAAGAUGAGUAUUGAUGCAGCAGUAUCUGGCAGCGCAUUUGAAAUCUGAAUCUAUCCUGGAAAUAACAAGAAUGUGUAUACUGGAAAUUGACUAACCCUCUAAAGCUUUUGUUACUGGAAUGUUAAUUAUAAAUAGGUCCUUUUGUUCAUAUGCCAUGAAAUAUAUAAAGGUAGAAGUUGUUAUCCCAA